UUGAUUGUGCGACAGGCCGCGGCGCGAGCGGGGCCUCACUCAACUAGAAAAACGGUCUGGCACGAGAUAACGGGUGGGGAGACAUACGGAACCACGGGGCGACUGCGUACCGGUUCCCGCUGUAACGGUCGAACAGACGAAGAGAGACCGGCGGCGUGAAACGGCGGAGCAGACAGAAAGCGCAGAGCCGUGCAUGUGGAGAGCGGUUUGUUGGCAGCUAGCAAGCAGGGUAGCUAACCAGCGUUAGCCGAACUGGGUUAGCAGGCUAGCCAGCUUUUGUAAUCCGCCGGCCAGACACGCACUGGUCCACCACAAACCAGGCCGAAACCGGAUUUCAAGGAAGGCCGUGCAACACCCGAAAGGAUAAAGAAGGCACCGGCGGUGGCAGGAGGCUGGUUCUGGGGGCGAGGCCAAAGGACCAGACUCAAUGAGUUUCCAGCGAAAUGUCCGAGAAGUCAGGGCAGAGCACCAAGGCAAAGGAUGGCAAAACAAAGUAUGCAACCCUUAGCCUCUUCAACACCUACAAAGGCAAAUCUUUGGAAACCCAGAAAACUGCAGUGGCUGCCAGACAUGGGCUCCAAAGUUUGGGCAAAGUUGCUGUCAGCCGGCGCAUGCCCCCUCCGGCCAACCUCCCCAGCUUGAAGGCAGAGAACAAGGGAAACGAUCCCAACGUCAACAUUGUUCAAGACGGCAGUGGAUGGGCAUCUCGAACUGAGGCAGGGGAGGAGAGGCAACAAGAGACACCACCACCACCUCAGAGCAAACCAGCAGUGCUCCAGCCACAGGACCUUUCUGUUGGGGGCAGCCGCUCCUGGGCAAACAGCAAGCAGACACAGCUAGACGGUUCUCCUCGUGUGAGCAGCCAUUUUCACCAGGAGUUUCCCAGCUUGCAAGCGGCUGGUGAGGUGGAUAAAAGGGACGGUCAAGAAGAAGAGCCUUAUGGACCAGGCCCCAGCCUCAGACCUCAAAAUGUUGCCAGUUGGCGUGAGGGUGGUGGCAGGAAUUUGAACACUGCACCCAGCCCCCCGGAGAUGGACAACAGGGCUUUGGAGGAAGGUAGCACGGGCCCUGGAACCUCUACACCGCCAGGGGAAGCUGAUGAACCUGGCCGAAAUGCAACCACUGAUGGUCAGAGGGAGAAGAGGGAUAGCAGGGAGAGGUUGCCUCCCUCUGGCCCUCCUCAGCCUAAAGUUAAUGGGGGCCAGCAACCUCCUGCUGGGGUGCCAACUCACUUUGACCCUGCUUUCAGGAGCAUGAUGCCACCUUAUAUGUUCCACGCCUAUCCGCAAAUGUCUUUUGGCACAGGGCAGGGGAACUUCAGAUACCCUGUACCACAAGAUGGAGCAAAGGGUCCUCGUUCAGUACGACCUCAGCAGCCACCCCCACAGUCCUGGCUCCAAGACCCAGACAGACCCUCUAUCAUCAGUGCAACAGAACUGAAGGAGCUGGACAACUUGGACACCGAUGCUGAUGAGGGCUGGGCAGGCGCUCAGAUGGAGGUGGACUACACUGAGAAACUAAACUUCAGUGAUGAUGAGGAGAACCAAGCUGCUAAAGACAAGGGAGAAAACUGGGAGUGGCUGGGUAAAGUGGAUCGUAUGAGAUCUCGGACAUCGGAUGGUCAGGAGGGCUGGAAGGAGGGAUCUGAGGACCGUGGAGGAAGUAAAGCUUCAUGGGCUGAUAGUGGUGAUCCCAGAGCGCCAUCGCCUGGCAGUAUGGGGCAGUACAGUAAAUCAGCUGCUGCACAGGACUACCAGGGUGGCAGUCGCCCUGGUGGUGGAGCUCAGCGUGGGGGCAAAGCACAGGCUGCAGCGGGACCUGGUGCUGAGGAGGAUUCUGAUGCCUGGCGACAGAAGCGCAAGAAGUCUUCUGAAAUUUCUGAAGCUGUAGAGCGAGCAAGACGGAGGAGAGAAGAAGAGGAACGGCGGAUGGAAGAACAACGGCUUGCUGCUUGUGCUGAAAAACUCAAACGUCUAAAUGAAAAACACCGCCAGACAAAUGAGGGCAAGCCUUCCUCAGCUCAGACCACCAAUGAUGAGGCAGGAGUUCCUCAUGAGGAAACGUCGUUAUUGGCCCCUGCUCCUGUUUCCAGUCCUGCACCUUCAGUUCCAGUUUCACAAUCACAAGCCACAGUCAUGCAAACAUCCUUACCUGAAAGGGGGGAUCGAGACAGAGAUAGGAUGGAGAGAGUAGAACCAAAUGCCGAGGAGGAGGUUCACUUACCUCGUCAACCAACACCCCCAGUCCAGAGACCUGUAGCUGUAGCUCCGGAACAGCCACAGGGCGAGGGAGAAACCUCCUUGGCUGAGGUUGAUCCCAUACUGGACGAGAACCAAACUGACAGGACCUCAGUGCCCAUCCGAGACUACUUUAACAUGGAGGGCAGCAGAGUGGAUGAGCCCCACAUGUCUCUGCCCCACAAGGAGAUCCCUGCUGGUGACGAAGUCCCUGUUGCACAACCGCAGCUGGAAGGGGAGGCAGCAGCUGCUAUGCGUCCUUCUCUCAUCUCAGGCUAUUCCAAACAAUUUCAAAAGUCUUUGCCACCUCGAUUCCUCAGACAGCAGGAACAGAUGAAGCAGCAACAAUGGCAGCAGCAGCAGCAGCAACAGCAGAGUGGGGGCUCUGUGUCUCCAUCAGGUGGUGGCAGUGUGCCAGCUGCCCAGCAGCAGCAGCAACAGCACCGCUCCAUGUAUCAGCCCAUAGGCCCCCACCAUCAACACCUGGCCUCCAUGGGGUUUGACCCACGCUGGCUUAUGAUGCAGUCCUACAUAGACCCACGAAUGAUGUCAGGCCGGCCACCGAUGGACAUGCCAACUAACAUUCACCCUGGGAGGAUGCCUCCUAAGCAGAUUGUACGCAGGGAGCCAGGUGACAACUCCAGCUCUAGCUCAGAUUCAUUUGACCACUUGACCCGACCAGUUCGCGACCACGGCCUGCCCUCAGACUCGCGGAUGGUGUGGGGAUCUGACCCAUAUCCACAGUCAGAGCCAUUACCUUCUGUAACUCCUCCAAAAGGACGGGAUGAUAACAAGGAGCAAAGGAUGGAUUCUGGUUUGGAUCUGGACAGGGGUCUUUCAGCUAUCUAUCCCCAGGAUCACGGUUCAUUGGACUCUCGUAAAAGUAACUUCUUCCGGGACCCUUCUGAGUCUCUGUCAGCAUUUACACAGGGCUCAGAAGAUGUGCCAGGACCUCUUGACAGAGUCCCUGUAGGCUCAGGCUUUGGCUCUGAGGAGCCAGGCUUACCAAGUGGGGAGGAGGUAGAAGCUCUUGGUCAAGCCAUGCUCCAGAGGAGUGUCUCACAGGGCUCCAGCCACUCUCUUAAGCUUGAUGAGCCUAGGUUUGAUGGGCUACCCCUGGGAACAAAAUCACUAGAUCUACAGGACACAGGGGAACGGACUGAUGAUAAGCCCCAGAAUGAGCUCUACUCUCAGGCUGCAGUAGCAAACAACAGGGCUACCCCUCCUGCUGAUGGAUUACACAAACAAGAGAAGUUGCCUCUGCCAGCACCCAGCAAACAGAAAGCUGAGCUGCGGUGGGGUGGGAGAUCAGGAGCUGGACGCAGAGAAGGACCAGGGGGAGACAGACCUGCACGCAGGUCUGGACCAAUAAAGAAGCCUGUCUUAAGGGACAUGAAAGAAGAGAGGGAGCAAAGAGAAGAAAGAGAGAAGCGUCAUGAGAGGGGGGAAAGAGGAGAGAGGCCCAAAAAGGAUCAGUCAUCCAAAGCUCCUUCUGCAGCUGCAGCUGUAUCAGAAGACUCCAGACCUCAGGGUGAGGGGAAGAGAGAAACUGCAGAGGCAGAGGAAACCCCAGCUGCCCAUCCGCGGGCCAGAGACUCUCAGCCUUCAUCUGGGGCUCCCACCUCUUCAUCUCAGGAGGAGAAAGUAGAAAAGACACCCAGCAAUGACAAACAUCCAGAACCCAAACUACCCUCCCGGAAAGAGUCCAACCUCCCUCCACGUUCCUACCGACGUGAGGAGAGAGAGCGGGAACGAGAGCGAGAAAAAGAAAUGGACAAGGACAGAGAGCGAGAAUGGCCUGCAGACUCAAAUUUCAAAGGACGUGGUCGAGGAGAGUAUUAUUCCAGAGGACGGAGCUACCGGGGAACUUACAGUGGCAGGGGCAGGGGGAGUCGGGGAGGUAGAAGCCGGGCAGAAUACCCCUACCGAGAGCCCCGAUCACGCGCUGAUUUACCAGCUGCUGCAGGUGCUGCUGCCUUUCGCAACAGGGAAGAAAGCGAAACACGAAGUGAGAGCUCGGACUUUGAGGUUAUACCAAAACGUAGACGGCGCCGUGGUUCGGAUACAGACUCUGAAAGUGAAGGCGGGAGGGAGUCUGCCAGUGAUACUGGACCAUCUGACCGUGAGCCUAGCACCAAACCUAACCGUCCACUAAGAAGAGAGCUCCCUGGAGAGGGCCGGUCUGUACCCCACAAGCCAGGCUUCGGGCCACCUCACAUGGGGGAAAAAGUUGGAUCAAGAGCAGAUGAUGAAGGUCGGCCCAAACCAGGAUUCCUUCCUAAAGGAGAGCCUUCUCGGCGAGGAAGAGGAGGAUUAUACAGUAGACGGGGUGGAACAAGGGAGCGUGGAGGCCCUCGCUCAGCCCCUCUUAGACGACCAUCAGCCAGAGAAUCAUCCUCUCAGUGGCCCUCUAAACCCAUGGAGACAUUCAGGCCUGAGGACGCAGAGUCCACACCAAGAUUUGACAAUCCUCCUACGGACAGACGACCCCCUAAAUCAGAGGGAAAGAAAUUUGGGGAGGGGGGUCCUCAAAGUAGCAGAGAAAGGCCUCGUCGAUCCAGGCCAGCACGACCCCCAAGGCAAGAUAAACCACCUCGCUUUAGGCGUUUAAAGGAGCGCGAGGCUGCAGUGUUGGCUAGUGGAGAGUCAGCCCCAAGUCCUCCUGUUCCAUUACCCUCAGUGCCUGCUGCUAUGCCCAGCUCUGCACCUGCCCCAAUCCCCCUAUCCCCAACUCUCUCCAGAGCUCCAGGAACCCCAUUAACUGUGCCUGCAGAAACGGCAGCCUCUAUGCCCACACCUGACCUGCCGUCUCCUCUAGAAGCGCCUUUGCCUGAGACAAGCAGUCCUACCAUUACUGCUGCUGGUACCAAGUCCCCUGAUUUGUCAAACCAGAACUCGUCAGAUCAGGCCAACGAGGAAUGGGAAACUGCCUCUGAGAGCAGUGACUUUAAUGAAAGGAGAGAACGAGAGGAGAAGAAAGGAGCAGUGGAGGCUGCUAAUGAAGUAGCUACGGCAUCUGCACCUGCCCCUGCACCACACCAGGGCUCUUUGACUCCCAAUAAAAGCUCACCUGAUGGAGGGGUGACACCAAAACGCGAUGGUGCUCCUGUAGCCAAGAGGAGCUUCUCAAGUCAGAGGCCUACAGAGAGACAGAAUCGUAGAGGCAACAGUGGAGCCAAACCAGGCCGCAGCUAUACAGGGGGCAAGGGAGAGAGAAGAGGCGGUGGCAAAGCUGGCCGCAAGGGCCCCGCAGCCCAGCAGAACUCAGAGACAGCAGCACCAACAGCUGGAGGAGCAGCCCAGCGAUCAGCAAAAGAGCAGCCUGCACGUCGCAAAGAUGAUGCUAAGCAGGCCACCAAGAAGCCCAAGGAGAAUGCUCUUUCUCAAUUUGAUCUAAACAACUAUGCCAGUGUUGUGAUUAUUGAUGACCACCCAGAGGUUACCACCACAGAGGACCCACAGUCCAGUGCCAACGAUGAUGGCUUUACAGAGGUUGUCUCCCGAAAACAACAGAAGCGUCUGCAGGAUGAAGAGAAACGGAAAAAGGAGGAGCAGACUACUCAGAACUGGGGUAAAAAAGGCUCCGGUGAGAAGAGCAGAGGGAGUGGAGGAAAGCUGCCACCAAGAUUUGCUAAAAAGCAGUCAUCACAGCAGCAGCAGCAACAGCAGCAGCAGCAGCAACAACAACAACAGGCCUCUCAGUCUCAGCCUCCUGUAGCUGCUGCUCCCCAGACCCUGCAGCAGCCUUCAGUUCCUGCUGCUCAGCAUCCUCAUCUCACCCCCUCCCAGCCUGCUGCUUCACCUCAGACUCUGGAAGGAACAGUGGCUCCUCUGCCCUCUGUUCCCCCUGCUGCUGUGGACUUCACGUCGAAGACCCUACCCCCUGCACCUGCUCAGACACAUAGUAAUUUGGGUACUGAAUUGUGGGAGAACAAGGUAGCAGGUGGCACCGUCCUUCCUGACGUCAAGAAGCUUGGUCCAAUCAGCCCUCCCCAGCCACCUUCUGUGAGUGCCUGGAACAAACCUCUUACCUCCUUUACUGGUACUGUCUCCUCUGAGGGUGUGAAGCCUGGAGCUGAGGGCAGUGUGGAACUGGGAAUAGACAGUAUUCAGUUUGGAGCACCAUCAUCUGCAGGCAGCACUGACAGUGAUGGAGUUCCUGCAUUGCUAGAAAGUGGCUCUGAAAACAAACUACCUGCUCCCAAAGAACAGAGACAGAAACAACCUCGAGCUGGUCCAAUUAAAACACAGAAGCUACCAGAGAUGGAACUGGUGGAAACCAAGGAGUACAAGCCAGGUCCCAUUGGUAAAGAGCGCUCUCUAAAAAACCGUAAGGCCAAAGAUGCACGCGGAGGAGAAGGUGAUGGGAUGGAGGGAGGAGUGCCUGGAGGAGGUGGUAACAGAGCAACAGACUCCAGCCCUCCCACUAGUGACACCACAGUACCAGAGCUGGGAGGAGACAUUGAGGGCAUGAUCACAGUCCCCUCAGCUGAGUACAGCAGCAACUCUAAGGAGUCUGUCACUGACUACACCACCCCGUCCUCAUCUUUGGCUGACAGUGUUCCUACAGGAGGCAACAAAAUUGAAGAGAGUUUAGUGGCUAAUGUGGCACUACCACACUCUUUGCCCCUUCCUCGCCGAGAGACUCUGCAGCAGAGCUCCAGUCUCAGUACAGUCUCUCCGGCUACUGUUGACCUAACACUAAAGAUGGAAUCGGCUCGUAAAGCAUGGGAGAACUCCCCAAGUCUGGAGAAGAGUUCUCCUGUCACCACCUCUUCGUCCCCCAUUACCUCCUGUGCUUCCUCAUACUCAUCCUUCUCCUCAGCCUCCAUGCCACAGAUCCCUGUGGCUUCUGUUACCCCCAGCACUUCACUGUCAGGUUCUGCCACCUAUACUACAUCAUCCCUCAGUACCAAAACCACCACAGCCUCUGACCCCCCUAACAUCUGUAAGGUGAAGCCCCAGCAGCUGCAAGGUGGAAGCCUGUCCUCCUCUAGCAAUAGCAGCAGUAGCAGCAGCUUCUCCCAGCUUGGCUGUGUACCUCCCCUCCUGCCCCAGCAGCAGCAGACCCCACAGGUGUACGUCUCCCAGUCUGCAGCAGGUUCUGCAGCUCAGAUUCCAGCCUUCUACAUGGACACUAGCCACCUCUUCAGCACACCCCAUCCUCGUUUGGCUCCUCCCUCCCUGGCGCAGCAGCAAGGCUUCCAGCCUGGCCUCUCACAGCCAACUGCAGUGCAGCAGAUUCCUAUCCCUAUAUAUGCUCCACUGCAAGGUCAGCCUCAGCACCAGCACACGCAUCAGGCUCAGCUAGGACUUGGCACCGGUCCUCCAGUCUCACAGCCACAGGACCUCUUCAGCUCCUCACUGCAGCCUUACAGGUCUCAGCAGGCAUUCAUGCAGAGCAACUUGUCACAGCCCUCUAUGAUGCUCUCAGGACCCUCCCUUCACAGCUAUCCUGGUGUGCAGGCACCUGAACUGGGCAAGCCUCAGUCCAGUCUGGCUUAUCAGCAACCCUCCUCCACCCAGCACAUUCCCAUUCUGUUUGAGCCACAGCUUAACCAGCCCUCUGGCAUGAGCGGGUCUCAGCUCAUUGAUACACAUCUGCUGCAGACUCGACAGGGGAUGAAUCAGCACUCGAACAUGUACUCAGGGCAGGUGCAACAGCAUGGUCAGAGUAGCUACUAUAGCAACACCCAGUCACCCAGUUCUGCAAUGCAACAGGUGACAGUCCCUCUGCCCGGUUCCCAGUUGUCCCUCCCUAACUUUGGUUCUGGUGGAGGCCAGCCCCUCUUGGCACUACCUCCCACUCCUCCCCAAGCCCAGCCCCCCAACAUUAACCGACAGCCCCCAGUCUCUCAGCCUUACCGAGGCAUCAUGGGGCCCAACCAUAACAUGAUGCAGCCUCCCACCAGCAAGAUGGACAUGGAUCUGAAACUGUUUGGCAGUGGGAUGGAUGUGAAGCCUGGGACUCCUCCUGUCAGCGCCAGGAGCACUACACCCACAUCCAGUCCUUACAGGGCCAGCUCCACCUCUCCUAGCAGCCAGUCCAGCAAGAUGAACAGUAUGCUCUACCAGAAGCAGUUUCAGCCCAGCUCUGCUGGCAUGAGAAUGACACAGCACUUCCCUGGCCAGUUCAACCCACAGCUUCUAUCUCAGCCCAGCAUGGUCUCUCCUCUGGUUCGCCCUCCUCAUGCUAACUCUUUUGCUGGAGGUGUCCAACGCUCUCCCAUGGGCCCUCCAAAUCCGCCCAAUGUGAGUGGUGGCCUCAUGCCUCACCCCAGACCUCAGCACCCACAGCACAGCCAGCACCCUCCACGAGGACCACCUGGCUCCUCCCUUGCACCCAGAGGCACGCCAGCAGCUCUGAAGGCAGAACAGGACCUAAAGGCAAAGCAGCGGGCUGAGGUGCUCCAGUCCACUCACAAGUUCUUCUCGGAGCAGCAACAGCCGCAACCGCUGAAGGCCCCCCCACAAGUCAGCAAAGCAUCUCGAAUCGAUCAAGGAGGAAAACCCCCACUAGACACCUCGGCUCCAAACCACCAGGCAAGCGAGCGCCCAGAUUCUGAAAAGCCCCCUGCGUCCACGGCCAAGCCCAUACGUACUGGCCCCAUAAAGCCACAGGCCAUCAAACCAGAAGAGGGCAAGUAAAGCGCUUCUGACCCUCUUCAGAUGAUGAAACGGAAGGAUGGAAGAGAGAAUCUAGCCCCAUUCACUCAGCCACCACCUUAUGUCAGCCCGGCAGACAGUGUGGGGGAGGAGAGUGAAUUGGGUAGAGAUGCAGAUGGUAGUGGUUCCUGACAGAAGGCCCUUUGGAGUGUAAACAAAAUCCUCUUCUUUCUUCCCCUGUCUUGUCCCACUGUAGGCGGGGGCAUUUGAGUUGGAUUGUUCCAUCACAUUUAGAUGCCGGUAAAGUUGCUGCACAAGUUAUUUCAUAGAAAUCUACUGUGACAGUAGAUAACGGGAGAGUUGGAGAGAGAAAUUUGAAAUUUGCUGCUGAGUUUGCCAUUUUUAUAGCUCUUAAUUUCUGUUCAGUUUUUUCUUGUUUUUUUUUUCCUUUCCCACCCCCCAAAUAGGAUUACACAUAUUAUUAUAUUCCUGUUUUGUUAACGAAAGAAUGAAUCAAAUUUGUUUUUGUAGUCAAGCAAUCUGAAGGAGAUGUCAUUUAGUGAAGCACACUUUUUUUUGUUGCCCAAUCUCCCAUUAUAAUUAAUCCAGAGAUCAGUGCAGGCGUGCACACGCUCAUUCAACGGUUUAAUCCAGUUAUUGCACGGAGAUAUGAAAUCUGAACUCCUGUUAUUUGUUUUUUCUUUGUUUUACCAGAAUUGAAAUGUGAAAAUUGCAGCUUUUGAUUGACUUUAAUAAUUGAUGAGUUGAGUUAUUGAUUUGUCUGCCUGUGAGCCUUUGCUCCUGCCUUCUGCUCUCAUCUCCUUGCCUGAGAUUUACUGAUGUGUUGGGGUGAGUGUGUCGGGUGUGUGCGUGCGGUAUAAACAGAGGGGAGAGCUUGUCGCUGGACUCUCCCGGAUAUUUAGCCAAAGGUUAAAGCAGAGCAGAGAUGAAGUUGCAGCCUUUUCAAGAUUGCUGAGUUUUGAGUGAACUUACAGGUUUACAUGGAUGAUGUAUGAUCACUACUUAAAGUUGUUCCAGUGUAGGAGCUGCUGUCACACACACCCUUUCACUGCUUUCACACCCAUCCUUGCUAUCGCUCACUCUCUCUCACACACACACACACACACACACACACACACACACACACACAUAUAUAUAUACACACACUUCACUGUAAAACACCGAGACCUGCUGCUAUUGACUGAUUUUUAGUGCCCUUAGCUAGAGUUUUAGCAGGAUAGGGCUGGUUAGAGGAAUAGAUGCGGUGAGCCGAUUGUUUAAACAGUAGAAAACUUUUCAUGUGUAUGUCGACCUUCACGGCGAGAGGGAACAGGAACAGGAUGAAGAACAAGUUUUUAAAAAAGAAGAGAAGCCUCAAAUUCUAAAGUGUUUGGGCAGAAGGACACUUAUUAUUUUGUUGUCUUUGCUGAUGAGAGCAAUCAGUGCUGUUUUCUGUCUCUGCCUCACCUCCACUGGCUGCCCCACCCACAAUGCUCUCAUCUUGGGGGUUGCAGUGAUGAUGGUCUUUCAGAAAUGUACAGUAGUAUGCACCCUGAGGUGGUGAGGGAGUCCUCACAUCUACCCUGGCUGAGGGAAUAGUCCUUGCUUUGGAGGAUGAAUGAGGGAGGGAGGGUAAUGACUUUUG